AUGUUUGGACUGAAACUGAAGAAGAAGAAGAAUAAAGCAGGGAAGGGGUUACUCUUUGCCAACAAGGCUGCACAAGAUGGCCAAAGUGAAGGAGAACCGCUCCAGGAGGGACCCUCUCAGCCAGAAGGACCAGGAGGAGACUUGAUUUAUGAUGAUGCUUCUGUCAAUCCUGCCACCACUGCUUUUCCAAGGAGAAGAUCAAAAUUGUCAGCUAAGAUCCAUGAUGGGGAGAUCAAAUCCCAAACUUAUCAGAUUGCCAUCACCAUUAUCGAGGCCCGCCAGCUGGUGGGUGAGAACAUUGACCCCGUGGUCAUCAUUGAGAUUGGGGAUGAGAAGAAGCAAAGCACAGUGAAGGAAGGAACCAACAGCCCGUUUUACAAUGAGUACUUUGUGUUCGACUUCAUUGGUCCCCAAGUGCAUCUCUUUGACAAGAUCAUCAAAAUCUCAGUCUUUCACCACAAGCUGAUAGGAAGUAUCCUUAUUGGCUCUUUCAAAGUAGACCUGGGAACUGUGUACAACCAACCUGGCCAUCAGUUCUGUGACAAAUGGGCACUACUCACGGACCCUGGCGACAUCAGGACUGGCACCAAGGGCUACCUGAAAUGUGACAUCAGCGUGACUGGGAAAGGUGACAUCUUAAAGACCAACCCAAAAACCUCUGACGCGGAGGAGCAGAUAGAAAAGAACCUUUUGAUCCCCCAAGGUUUUCCAUCAGAGAGACCCUGGGCCAGAUUCUACGUGAGACUCUACAAAGCAGAAGGCUUGCCCAAAAUGAACUCCAGCAUCAUGGCUAAUGUUACCAAAGCAUUUGUGGGUGACAGUAAGGACCUUGUGGAUCCCUUUGUGGAGGUGUCCUUCGCUGGGCAGACGGGGCGAACCACAGUGCAAAAAAAUUGUGCCGAUCCAGUGUGGCACGAACAGGUGGUCUUCAAGGAAAUGUUUCCUCCUUUGUGUCGGAGGGUGAAAAUCCAGGUGUGGGAUGAGGGUAGCAUGAAUAAUGUGGCAUUGGCAACCCAUUUUAUCGACCUGAAGAAAAUUUCCAAUGAGCAGGAUGGAGAUAAAGGCUUUCUACCUACCUUUGGACCUGCCUGGAUUAACCUGUACGGCUCACCGAGAAACCACAGCUUAAUGGAUGACUAUCAGGAAUUGAAUGAAGGCUUUGGGGAGGGUGUGUCAUUCAGAGGCAGAAUCCUGGUCGAAAUUGCAGUGGAAAUCCUAUCUGGAGGGGCACAAGAGUCUAAAUUCUCCAAAGCCCUGAAGGAACUCAAGUUGACUUCUAAGGACAAGGACUCCAAGUCUUCCAAAGGCUCCAGUAAAGACAAGGCUGACAAAACUGAAGAUGGAAAACCCCAGCAGGCAUCAGAUAAAACUAACUCCACUGAUGUUGAGGUGGAGCCUUUUGAUGUCUCUCCAGAGAUUGUACCAGAAAAAUAUGAAGAAUUUUUACUCUUUGGAGCAUUUUUUGAAGCUACCAUGAUUGACCGGAAGAUUGGCGACAAGCCUAUCAGCUUUGAAGUUUCGAUUGGUAAUUAUGGGAAUGUGAUGGAUGGAGGGUCGCAUCACGGGAGCAAGAAGAAGCCAGCUGAGUCAGUGGAAGAAGAUGCCCUCCCACUGCUGCACGAGAAGGAAGGGGCUGCAGGCCACCACGAGGCCGCCACCCCUGCAGCCUCCACCACACACCCCGAGAAGCCACUGGUGACAGAGGGAAACAGGAAUUACAACUAUUUGCCAUAUGAAGCCAAGAAGCCUUGUGUCUAUUUCAUCAGUUCUUGGGGAGACCAGAUCUUCAGGUUAUACUGGUCCAACAUGCUGGAGAAAAUGGCAGACCUCCUGGAAGAAGGUAUAGAAAAAGUAACAGAGCUGAUCAAGAUUUCAGAGGAGGCGCCAGAAGAGAAAAUGAAGAUGGUGCUCACUGAUUUCAUCAGUCAAAGCAGUGCCUUUGUUUCUGAGGCAGAAAAGAAACCCAAGAUGUUGAACCAAACUACUUUAGAUAAGAAACGCCUCACCCUCUGCUGGCAGGAGCUGGAGGCAAUGACGAAGGAAGCCAAGGAAAUCAUUCAGCAGCAGAAGAAAAAGUUCUCCCUAGAUGAAAUGAUCCGUGAAGCCCAAAACUUUGUGGAGAAAAUCCGCUUUCUCGUUGAUGAGCCGCAGCACACCAUCCCUGAUGUCUUCAUCUGGCUCCUGAGCAACAACAAGAGGGUGGCGUAUGCCCGCAUUGACUCCAAAGACCUGCUCUAUUCACCUGUCAGGGAGCAGAUGGGCAAGCACUGCGGGAAGAUCAAAACUCAUUUCCUCAAACUUCCUGGAAAAAGGCCUGCUGGUUGGUCAGUGCAAGCGAAGGUUGAUGUGUACCUGUGGCUGGGUCCCACCAGAUACUCCAGUGCCAUUUUGGAUAACUUACCAGCAGGCUAUGAAGCAGAGACAUCCUCCAAGGUGGCUGGUGUGAACCAACCCCCGUCCAACCUGCUCUAUCAAGCCCGGCACGUCUUUCAGCUCAGAGCUCACAUGUACCAAGCUCGGGGCCUCAUUGCGGCUGACAGCAACGGACUUUCAGAUCCCUUUGCCAAAGUCACGUUCAUUUCCCACUGCCAGACUACAAAGGUCAUCCCACAGACCCUCUCCCCGACCUGGAACCAGAUGCUGCUGUUCAACGAGGUGGUGCUGCACGGGGACGAGAAGGAGCUGGUGGAAUCCCCACCACUGGUGGUGGUGGAGCUCUAUGACAGUGAUACUGUGGGAAAGCCGGAAUAUCUGGGUGCCACAGUGGCCGCUCCUAUUGUGAGGCUCGCUGACCAGGAGUAUGGGCCACCCAAGCUCUGCUAUCACCCCAUCUUCUGUGGGAACCUCUCUGGAGGGGACCUCCUCGCCGUGUUUGAACUGCUGCAGGUCCCAGCUUCUGGGGUGCAAGCUCUCCCUCCCAUUGAGCCACCGGACAUCGCCCAGAUCUACCCAGUUCCUGCCAACAUCCGGCCAGUGCUUAGUAAAUACCGAGUGGAGGUUCUCUUCUGGGGAGUUCGAGAGAUGAAGAAGGUCCAGCUGCUCUCCGUGGACCGACCGCAGGUUCUCAUUGAGUGUGGUGGACGAGGGGUGAAGUCCUGUGUGAUCCAGAGCUACAAGAACAACCCAAACUUCAAUGUCCAGGCGGACACGUUCGAAGUGGAGCUGCCGGAAAAUGAGCUGCUGCAUCCACCACUGAGCAUCUGCGUUGUGGACUGGAGAGCCUUUGGGAGGAGCACCCUUGUGGGCACUUACACUGUUAACUGUCUAAAACAGUUCUUGUGUAAAUACCGAGAGCCCCUUGCCCUCCCCGCCCAGGUGGAUGGAACCCAGGCUGGACAAGCGAUGUCAGAUUCACCCUUAACCUCUGAAUCCCCUGAUGCUCCUGGCCCCUCUGGGGAGCCACCGGCAGAUUCUGUCUAUGUGGAUGUUGAGCAGACUCCCACAGUUGUUCCUGACUCCACCCAGGCCCAGCCAUCAGUUCUGGUUGAUAUCCCUGAUUCAUCUCCUAUGCUGGAGCCUGAGCACCAGCCUGCAGCCCAGGAGCCACCAAAGCAUAGGAAGGAUAAGGAUUCCAGGAAACCCUCUCGGAGAUCUACCAAGAAGAAAAAGAGAACUAUAGCAGAUGAAUCUGCAGAAAACGUUAUUGAUUGGUGGUCCAAGUAUUAUGCCUCCCUGAAAGAAGCACAGAAGGCAAAAGAAAGUAAUCCCAAGGAGAAGAAAGACAAGGCAGGUGAGGUGGCAGUCGAUAUGGAAGAUGGCCAGAAGAAGAAGAAAGACAAACUACUCAAGAAGAAGCCAAAAGAAGACGAAACCCCCAAGCUGGCAGUCUUGAAGAUCUAUGAUGGUGAUCUUGAGAGUGAAUUCAACAAUUUUGAAGACUGGGUGAAAACCUUUGAACUCUUCAGAGGCAAAUCCAUGGAAGACGACCAUGGUCUGGAUGGGGAUCGAGUCAUAGGGAAGUUCAAGGGCUCCUUCUGUAUCUACAAAAGCCCUGAGGACUCCGCCUCUGAGGACAGCGGACUUCUGAGAAUCCAGCAAGGAAUUCCACCCAACCACCCUGUCAACGUGCUGAUUCGGGUGUACAUUGUGGCGGCAUUUAAUCUUAGCCCAGCUGAUCCAGAUGGCAAGUCAGAUCCCUACAUUGUACUCAAGCUUGGCAAAACAGAAAUCAAAGACCGGGACAAAUACAUCCCCAAACAACUCAACCCAGUGUUUGGAAGGUCAUUUGAAAUCCAGGCCACAUUCCCAAAGGAUUCCCUGCUCUCCAUCUUGAUCUAUGACCAUGAUAUCAUUGGAACAGACGACCUCAUUGGCGAGACCAAGAUCGACCUGGAGAACCGCUUCUACAGCAAACACCGGGCCAUCUGUGGCUUGCAGAGCCAGUAUGAAAUAGAAGGAUACAAUGCCUGGAGAGACACAUCGAAACCCACGGAAAUUCUCACCAAACUCUGCAAAGACAACAAGCUGGAUGGACCCUACUUUCGCCCUGGGGAAAUACAGAUAGGAAACAAGGUCUUUCCUGGGAAAACAGCCUUCACUGAAGAGGACACUGAUGAGACAGUGGAGUCCUAUGAGCACCUGGCCCUCAAGGUUUUACAUUCUUGGCAGGAAAUCCCAGAGGUUGGAUGUAGGCUGGUUCCUGAGCACAUAGAAACUCGGCCUCUCUAUCACAAAGACAAGCCAGGAAUGGAGCAGGGCCGCCUACAGAUGUGGGUGGACAUGUUUCCCAAGGACAUGCCUCAACCUGGACCUCCUGUUGACAUUUCACCAAGGAAACCCAAAGGGUAUGAACUCAGAGUGAUCAUCUGGAACACCGAGGAUGUCAUUCUGGAAGAUGAGAACAUUUUCACAGGCCAAAAAUCAAGUGAUAUUUAUGUUAAAGGGUGGAUCAAGGGUUUGGAAGACGACAAGCAGGAGACAGACGUGCAUUACAACUCCCUGACUGGAGAGGGCAACUUCAACUGGCGCUUCCUGUUUCCCUUUCAGUACCUGCCCGCUGAGAAGCAAAUGGUUAUCACCAAGAGGGAGAACAUCUUCUCCCUGGAGAAAACAGAAUGUAAGACUCCAGCUGUGCUGGUGCUGCAAGUUUGGGAUUUUGAAAGGUUGUCCUCGGAUGACUUCCUGGGUUCCCUGGAAAUGAACCUCAACAGUUUCCCACGGGCAGCCAAGUCAGCCAAAGCCUGUGAUCUCUCCAAGUUUGAAAACGCAAGUGAGGACAACAAAAUCUCCAUAUUCCAGCAGAAACGAGUACGUGGCUGGUGGCCUUUUGCUAAAAGCAAAGAACUCACGGGCAAGGUUGAGGCUGAGUUUCAUCUUGUGACAGCAGAAGAAGCUGAGAAGAAUCCAGUCGGAAAGGCCAGAAAGGAACCGGAGCCCUUGGCCAAGCCCAACCGCCCCAACACCUCCUUCUCCUGGUUCCUGAGCCCUUUCAAGUGCCUGUACCACCUGAUCUGGAGAAACUACAAGAAGUACAUCAUCAUCGGUUUCAUUCUGCUCAUCCUUGUCAUCUUCCUGGUCCUCUUCAUCUAUACCUUGCCGGGAGCCAUCAGCCGAAAGAUCGUUGUGGGCUCAUAGAGGAUCGUGGAGGACCUGGUCCCCCACCCCCUUUCAGCAAGUCCUCUCUUGUGUUUUCAUCUGUGAUCAUCCAAGAACAUGUCUGGUGCAAGGUCUUGUGCUGACUGCUCAGCAGCCAGACUCAAAGAUCCCCUGGAUGAGUCCCCAUGUCUAAGGACAGAUUAGCUCUUCCUGGAGAAGAUUGGAAAGAAGAAUUCCCUUUCUAUCCCGACUCCGGCCACAUCUUUCACAUGUGUCUUAAGUCUUGCUAUUGCAACAUGAAAUAACUAUUUCACCUCAGGGUAAUCGACAGUGACUUCCAAUCGGCUUAAGUAAAUGUUUUCUUUAGGCAACUGGUUGUAUUCAGAAAGAUUUGAUUCUGGACCUGAGAUUUUUGUUAGAAGUACUUUAUUUUAAAUAAAACUUUACAGUAAGUAGACUGAAGACAUUUUGGCAAAUUACUAGGUUCAAUUAUUUAGCUUGCCUCACACACCCUAAUCUUACUUAAUCCCUACAGUUCAUAGAACAUGUUCACUUGUUCAGGCUGUAAAACUGGCUUGGAAAUUUAUCCUUAUAAAUCUUUCAGCAUACAUCAUUGUUGAAAUUUCUACCAGAGACAAGAGUUUUC